AUGAAAAGCGGAAUCGCAGACGUGCUAUUUCAGGGAGAUAUGCUCCUUUCAGAAGAACAGCGGGAUCAAAUCUUCACCGAUAACAGCGGCAGCCGUUCCAAACGGCAAGCUUACAAUGAUGAAACCUACCCUGGUAGAAGAUGGCCACACACAAUUUAUUACUCACUCGAAAAACCCUUGCAUGAAAAGACAAAAAAAUCCUUUGUCACAGCAGCAGAAUUAUGGAUGAACAACACGUGCAUAAACUUCAAAAACGAUGAAAACGAAACGGCUGACGACCUCAUUAUUGUGUUCGAGGGCCAGGAUGUUGGUCAGAUGUUGGUCGAGAGUACGAGUGGCAGUUCAUCUCACUCGGCAAUGGCUGUGAAACGGUACCGCUCCCGAAAAGUUUCUGUUUAG